AUGGUUUGCGAACAAGAAGACGUUAUUUUAAUUCUGACGCUAUCGCUGGCAGUAAAAGUAAAGACAAGUCAGUGCAAAAAAAAAAAGCAACGCAAACGUUUUUGGGUGCGACCAUGGUUAUUAGACAGACAAACGAAAGGGGCUUGCAAUAGCAUCCUUAGUGAAUUAAGAUUACAAGACACUGAACAUUUCCGUUAUUAUCUUCGAAUGAAUACGGAAACAUUUGUUGAACUACUGGAGAAAGUACGCCCAUACAUCACCAAACAAACUACCUCUUGUCGGAAACCGAUAUCAGCAGAGGAGAAACUGUCAGUAACAUUGCGAUUUCUGGCUACUGGAGAGUCAUAUCAAAGUCUAAUGUACCAAUUUCGCAUGUCGGAUAAAACCAUUUCCCUUUUCGUACCUAUAGUUGCCAGGGCGAUUUAUCGAGUUCUUAAGAAAGAUUAUUUACGUUUGCCGCAAACGGAGGAAGAGUGGAAAGCGCUUUCAGACAAAAUAAACUUGAAGUGGCGGUUUCCCAAUUGCAUAGGAGCUCUCGAUGGAAAACAUAUUCCUAUUAAGUUAAUGCCGAACACUGGAUCUACAUUUUACAGCUAUAAAGGAUUCCAUAACGCUGGAUGCCAAGGCCGUAUUAGCGAUGGUGGAGUUUUAAGAAAUAGAGAGUUAUAUCAUUUAUUGAACAAUCAUAGGUUAGCCCUUCCACCUCCGAAACAACUUCCACUGAGUGAAGAUCCAGCGUGGGAUCAGCUUGAUUUGCCAGAAAUACCUUACGUUAUCGUUGGGGAUGACGCAUUCGCAUUAUCAAAAAAUUUAUUGAAGCCUUUUUCCAAAAACACGCUUUGUGAUGCCGAGCGAAUUUUCAAUUACCGGCUUUCAAGGUUUCGAAAAAUAAGUGAAAACGCUUUUGGUAUUUUAUCCGCUAGAUUUAGAAUCAUCAACAGCACAAUUAACCUUUCUCCGAGUAAAACCACGAGCCUCGUUAUGGCCAUCGUAGCGCUACACAAUAUGCUGAUGACGAAGUCUAAAGACUCGUACGCACCAGUUGGUCUUGUCGACCAAGAAGAUUUACUGACGAAUCGAAUCGUUCCUGGUCAAUGGAGGGGAAUGGCUGAUGUCUCAAAUGACUUACAAACUUGCGCACAGAGAAAAGCUAGUUCAAAUGCAAAAGAAAUACGUUGUGUCUUUAAAGAUUAUUUCAUGGGCUCAGGUCAAGUAUCUUGGCAAUGGAAUAUGCUUGUAUAAUUGUCUUAAAUC